CAAGAAAACAAAUGGCGGAACGGAUAACGCCAGAGAUAUGAUGGUCCAUGCACGGCGCCGGCGAUGCAUCUCGUCAGCAUGAGUUGUACUUCGCAGGGUACAGCAGGGCGGUGUCCGAAUAGGUAGAGGGGCCGGCGGUAGCAGCAGCAGCAGCUCAGCGCUGUGCAGUCGGUGCUCGAGAUCUCUCUGGUCGAGCAGGGCAGGAGGCCAGGCCAACGCUAGCCAGAAUGUGUUCUCAGCCAGAAUCUCCUCUCUUCUUUACCAGACGCCAUUUUUGGGCUGGUUCGGUGCUCCGGCGCGGCCGUUAAAAGGCACCGGAGAAACCGAGGGGACAAGCCACCUUGUUUUCCGAAGUCCAAAACCAACGAAUCGCAGUUCAAAGCUGCUGCUGGACACGGGAGCUGCUUGCUGUCUCGGCCAAGUUGCGCUUGCGCCUCCGCUCUCUCUCUCUCUCUCUCUCUCCCUCUCCCUCUCCCUCUCCCUCUCCCCAUAUGCUGAGGUCAGUGUCCGGCUCCAACUCCUCGAGGGGCAUCGCCGCCGUGGUCGGCGUCGGGCCCCGGCUCGGCUCGGCGGUGGCGCGCAAGUUCGCCUCCGAGGGAUACACCAUCGCCAUCCUCUCCCGCGACCUAGAGAAGCUGUCGCAGCUGGCGGAGGAGAUCGCGCAGGAGGCCAAGGCGCAGGUGUUCGCGCUCCGGGUGGACUGCGCCGACGCCCGGUCCGUGCGCGAGGCCUUCGAGGGCGUGCUCUCCCUCGGCCCCGUCGAGGUGCUCGUCUACAUCGCCUGCGAACCGCCCGCCGACGACGCCGCGCCCGCGCCGCGCCCCACGCCCUUCCUCGCCGUCACGCCCGACGCCUUCCACCGCUCGCUCGCCGUCUCCGCCGCGGGGGCCUUCCACUGCGCGCAGCAGGUCAUCCCGGGGAUGGUGGAGCGGGGCAGGGGCACCAUCAUCUUCACGGGCUCCUCGGCGUCCGUCACCGGCUUCGCCGGCUACUCCGAUCUCAGCUGCGGCAAGUUUGCCCUUCGGGGUUUGUCCCAGUCGCUGGCCAGGGAGUUCCAGCCGGCCGGCGUGCACAUUGCGCAUGUGAUCAUCGACGGCGUCAUCGGCGAGAGGAGGUCACCGAGGAGCAGCAAGGCCGGCGGCGGCGGCGACGCGGCGGCGGCGGCGGCGGGCGCGGACCCGGACGCCGUGGCGAAGAGCUACUGGCACGUCCACGCCCAGGACAAGAGCGCGUGGACGCAGGAGAUGGACAUCCGAUCGCCGUCGUCCUUCGUGCAGCAAGCAGCUAGUAGCAUCGACGACGGCCGAUCGAGCUAGCAGCAGCUGCCGCGCACUGUGUGACUGUCGUGUGGCCCCGUGGAAUUUCCGAGCAGGGGAGGGAGUCAGAGAGAGAUCCAGUCCGGCCCCGCCGUCCCUGUGCUACUGUACCCAUCGUCGCGUUGCCUGCGCGCGGCUGCGGGCCGGGAAUCGUGUCCCCGUUCCGCGUCGCACGUUCGCGCCGCUUGCCUAGCUAGUGCUUUCUAGUGUGAUGCCCGCCGCUCCCCCCAGGCCGUGGGUUCGGUGCGCAGGGGGAUUGCGGCCAAAAGCGACAGCGCGCGACGUCGUCGCGCCCCCCUCCUGUCCCGAUCGCCGCCGCCGGCGAUCUCGGCCUGCAAGUUCAUGCAUGUGAUUGUGCACCCAUCCUCCUCGUGUGUGUAUGAGCUGAUCUAUGCAUAUGGUUGCUAGCUACCUGCAUCUGAUUCCGAGCUUGUACAUGUGCAGACAUGCGUACAUCUAUACUGUAAACACGUGCUGGCAAGUUGCCUCCAA